GUGUAUUAUUUUGUCAUUCUUUGUUCUUUGUUCGUCAUUUUUUUUUGCAAUAGCAUUAAUAAGCGUUUCGCGGUCAUUCAAACACCGUGGUUAUCUGACAAAUUUUUUUAAAAGGAAAAUUAUAAAUUUGGCACCAUUCUUUCCUUCUUUCUCUCCUUUUUUUUUUUUUUUAAUACGUGAACGAAAUUCAACAUACUUUUGGAAAACAAUUAUAUUAUAUAACAACAAUAACAAACAUGUCAGCUGGUAAACUUGUACUUUAUACUGCCGAGGUAUGUCCUUACGCACAACGCGCUAGAAUUGCCCUUUUGGAAGCCAAAGCAAACUUUGAAUCUGUAGAAAUUGACUUGACCAAUAAACCUUCUUGGUAUGGUGAAGUGAAUCCUGAAUUGAAGGUGCCAGCACUUAAGAUUGGUGAUAAAUCUAUUGCCGAAUCUUUGGUGUUGACUGAAUUGGUGAAUGAUCUUUAUCCUGAAGCAAAGUUAUUACCUGAUGAUCCUGUCAAGCGAGCACAAGGUCGAUUUGCUGUUGAAUUUUAUGGUGCCAAGAUCUUACCCAAUUUAUAUGGUAUUCUCAGAAAUCCUGAUCAAAAAGAAGCUUUCGUGAAGGAUAUUGAUACUGCUUACAAACGGUUCAAUGAGUUACUCUUGGAACAAUCAUCCGAUGGCCCUUAUUUCUAUGGUGACAAGUUCUCUUUAGUGGAUAUUGCUAUUGCUCCUUUUGCAGGUCGUUUUAAUGCAUUGUUUGAAUUGGCAUUCAACAAAGGUUAUCAACCUCCUAGUGUGGAAUCCUUACCUCGUUUGAAGAGCUAUUUUGCCAACAUCUUGGAUCGUCCUAGUUACAAGGAAACCUACUUUGGUGAUCAAGCUUUUAGGGAAUCCGCCAUCCGUCGAUUCAAUUUUCCCGCCAAGGAUUAAUAGUUAGUUAGUUUUUGAAGUAAAAAAUAAAAAAUGGUUUUGAUGAUUGUAUUCAAA